CGGAGGAAUACUGGAGAUACGAUCACCUAACCGGCCCAUCGGUCCUGGCUUGUUCGCCCCCAAUACUGUGCGUGUUAUCCUCCGCGAAACAUACCAUGACACAGAAUCUUCAAAAUGAUCGGCCCCAAUGCAAUCCGACCUCAUGACGUGUCCCAAGAUUUCCACCAUUUUGGCUUGUUAGCCAUCACCAGCAUUUACCGAUUUCGAAAUUUUACACAGGCACCAACGUUUGUCGACGUCGAAGUACAAAUUCGUCCCUUCGCCGCUUUUCGAGGAUCUUCGCGAGACGCGUGGAUCAGGUCCGUACGCCGGGGCACGGUCGAGACUCGAGAACUACUGGGCCGACAACCAAUAGAAUCGUUGCGGUCUUCCAGCAACCAUGUGAAGCUGCCCAACUCAGUCCCCUUGUUGCAUAUCCAAGUAUCCCAUCACUGUCAGGGCCGAAGCGGUUUGUGCUGGCUGGAAGUGUGGGCGCAUGGUGACGAUUAUAUCUCAGAUCUCACUGCAUCUCCAGCAGCCACUAGCCGCAGGUCGACGACCCUAUACGCGGUCCUUCGAGCACUGAAGCAUUCACCCCUAGGUCUGAAGACUCGCUGUCUGUCGUACGAAACCACCUACCACAUCAUCAUCGAAAAAAUACCGAAUCAGUCCAAAACCCAAAACCCGAACACGCCGCGCAGCCAGCGGCAUAAAGUAGCGAGCGGGGUAGUCUGCACGUACUUAUAUGGCAGCCGCACCAUCUCCACAGGACACGUAGUCCUAAGCAGCACAUACAGAGCGCGGAUCGGAGGAGAUGUGAAAUGUAUCCCCGCCACCCGACGUCCCGGCAAGAGACUAUCCACCCACAACGCCGCAGCAUUCAAUCUUACAACCCUCGGCAAUGACCUAUUCCUAACCGCCAGAUGGAGAGGCAGCGAGUGCGCGCACGUUACAUCUCGCACUUUCGACUUGAACGAGAAACAGCCUGAACGCGUCUCAACUAUCAUUCCUUGCACAGGAUGUAUAGCUUCAAGUGGCGCAGAUUACGGAGCCCUGCGCUAUGAGGGCCAGGUACCCUCUCUUCCUCGAAUAAUCAUGCCGCCACCGAGCAUCGGGGUCAACUCUAAAAGGCCGUCCGUUCCGCGAGACUUCAGAGACGGGAAAAGCUUCCGUUUGCACUGGGAUGCCGUAUACACAGUACGGCAAAAUUCCUUUGCAACAAAGACUGAGAGCGCGCAAGUCCUGGAGCGAAAAAUAGUGAAGGAUCUCCAAGAACGUGUCAGCUGGUAUGGAGGCGAGCAUGGCUAA